AUGACCAAGACAAAUUUAAUCAAUGAAUUUAUCUCGAGCAAUAAUUUCAUCCUACCAUACACACCAAAGCCUGAAGAAUACACUCUUGCCCAUUCCAGUGGACAGAAAACCUUCAUAGAUGCACUGCUAAUCUCUGGAGAGCUAGAAGCAGAAGUCCGGAUCAUAACAGCCAUCAGUGAUCACUCUACCUUCAAUGCUUCUCUCACCUUAAAGAAAUCUACACCUGUUGCUCCUGUAUUGAUUGAUUCCACUCCAAAGGUGCUUGACAAAACAGUAUACAUCCCAAAAUUAAAUGAAUAUCUCAAGAAUAUCGAAUUAAAACCUGAAAUCAAACCAAUAGACAUUGAUGUCAUCACCCUUAACAUCUUUAAAAAGAUGCUUGAGCUUCAACUCUGCUGCCUUAAAAUUCCCAGAAAAUUGAACAUCAAACACAAAAUAUUCAAACCAUGCUUGAUGAAAGAAUUGAAGAAAUCCAUCAGAAAAUACAAGAUGGCAAAGAGUUGUAAGAACCAAAUGGAGCUGUGUACAGUCAAGAAAGACACUAUCAAAAAGAUAUCUAAGAACCUUAAUGAACAAUUUCUCAUCAAAGACAGCAGAAUACUAUGGAGAAGAAUCAAGAAUCUAAUACAGCUUGAUCUUCAACCUGAGACGACUAGUGCCUUCAAAGACAACGUGGAAAUAUGCAAGAAAGAAUUCAAUCUUGGACUAGAGGACAUUAAAGUCCCAGAUAAUCAACAAAACUGCUUCAAGCUGAUGAACAAAGAGGAACUUGAACCACAUCGCCAGAUAAUCCUGAAGUGUAUGAAAGAUCUAGAUAAGACCAGUCCAGGUCCUGAUAACCUAACAUUAGGUGAAACGAUAGCAGUAUUCAAUGAGAAUUCCACUCUAAUCACCAAUCUCAUCCAAGCCUGUAUUGAACUGGGCUUUGUCCCUGCUGCUUGGAAGAUUACUAAGUUUAUCAAUCUUGUUUCGCCCAAUCCAAAAGGCAAUAAGACGCCAACACAAGCAAAUGCACCGACAACAACAACAAUAUCCCGAGUUUCAGGAUCAGUGAAUAAUUUCAAAUCAUCUGGGAAUAGUAAAAGUACAAGUAAAACCUUGAAUAAUGUAAUUCACUCCUCGUCUUCAGUUAAACACUCAACUAACAAUGGAAAUGAUUCAAGGAGUACAAAAGAGGGAACCCUGAGUGGUCCUGCAAGUGGCAGUGGUGGAGGUGCCAAUCGUCAAAAUCCAUGGCAAACUCAAUGGAUUAAUCGUUCCUCUGAACAAAAUCGUGAUGUAUUCACCUGUGUUUGGUGUAAAGAUAGUUUCAGAUGUUUAGCUGAAAUGACUCAACACAUGAAAGCCUCACCUAGAUGUGGUAUGGCUGGGAUGCAACAAGCAACCAACACUGUUGCUCCAGGUUUAACCAGUACAACAUCAAACUCAUUAUUAUCUUCAUCCUCUUCAUCAUCAUCCUCCUCAUCAAACUCACUAACCACCACCACCACAACCACAUCAACAACAGGUACAUAUCCGUUAAUAGUGCCAUCCAUAGCUGGACUAGCAGCUUCAUCAACAGCCUCAAGAUCAACAACACCAACAUCAAUAGGAACUGGAACAAGCACCAAUAAAGGAAAAUCAAAUGUCGAUUUACGUGAAUCUCUGUCAACCCCAUCAACUCCCUCAUCAAUAAAAAGCUCAUCUUCCAUUUCUCCCUCACUCCAUCAUCCCAACCAGGUUCAUCAUCAUUCCUCUUCCUCACCCAACCAAGGACCCACUAACAGUAACUCUGAUAGUAACAAUUCAAACCUGCCAAAUCAAAAUUCAACCAAAGAACCGAUGAGCUCAUCUGUUUUAGCCAAAAACAGUGUUAACUUACCAAGGAAACUGGUUCGUGGUCAAGAUGUUUGGCUUGGACGAGGAGCUGAACAAACUCGACAAAUACUCAAAUGUAUGUGGUGUGGACAAUCAUUUAAGACGCUUGAAGAUAUGACUCGUCAUAUGAGGGUUACUCAACAUUACACCAAUAUUAUAAGCCAGGAGCAGAUAAUCUCAUGGAAGACACCAGAAGAUAAAUUGGCUCAAGCUCAUGUUAAUGCUGUUCUUACUUGUAAAGUUUGUGACGAAUCUUUUGGUUCACUCAAGGAAUUGUCUAAUCACAUAAUUAAAAAUGCUCAUUACAAGGAACACAUAAUCCGAAGUAUGACCGAAGGUGGACAUGGACGCCGUCGGCAAACUCGUGAGAGGCGGAAAAAAUCGUUACCUGUUAGAAAACUGUUAGAAUUGGAAAGAAUGGAAUUGGUUGGUAAAGAAGGGGUUCCAAGUGUACCCACAGGUGGACCUUCUUCACCCGGUUCAUCAGUUCGUUGUUCAUCCUCUGAGAGGGCAUCUUCAGAAAGUCCUUCUUUACCAGUUCAAUCAGGUCACUCUCUUGUACCUUCAUUACCACCUCCACCUCCACCUCCUCCUGCUCAUCAGCACUCUCACCCUACUCCCUCUUCUACUUCUACUUCUCAUCAUUCCAUAUCUUCUCCAUCAUCAAUAAAUAAAUCAUCAUCUCGUAGUGCCAAAAAUGAUUUUAAUAAUCAUCAUCACUCUCAUUCUCAUCAAAUGAUUAUCAAUCCAACAGAUGCGGCUGGAUCAAGGCUAUCAUCAAGUUUAUCGUCAUCAUCAAUGAUUACCUGUGAUGAGUGUAAUGAAAAAUUGGAUGCCAAAAAUUUUAUCGCUCACAUUAAAAUAUGUAAAUCACUUCCAUCUUCAUCGAGUUCAUCUGAUAGGAAAUCACCUUCUCUAUCAAAAUCAUCUACAUCACCCUUACCCACAAGUCCUGCAAAUAUUACUUCUAAUAAUUUAUCCUCCUCAUCACUUAAGGUGCCAACAAGUUCUUUCUCGAAUGCCAAUAAUCCUAAUAAUUCCAAUAAUAGAGACAAAGACAAUUUGCCUUCUGAAGGAUUGGGAAUCAAAUCAGAAACAUCUGCAGGUGGAGUUCAACUCUCCUCUAGUUCAAUUUUAGGCUCAUUUGGUUUAAAUCAUCAAGGAUCAGCAGAUGAUCCUUUAGUAUCUUCGGGUGAUUCACCACCAACAACGCCAGCCACCAGUGGCUCAUUUUUGUCGUCGAUUGAAAAACUGAUUGAAAAAUCAUUUGAUUCAAAGUCAAGGAAAAAUCAAACAACCGGAAUCCUUCAGAGACUUGGUAUUGACGAAGAAGUUUGCCCUCCCUGGCAAAGUCUUUCCGGUUCAACAUCAUCUCAAAACAAUGUUACCGGUCACUCGGAAUCUCAUCAUUCGGGUCCUUCAUUUGCAUCUUGGUCCCAACAAUUAGAAAAAUACUCAUUCCAUGGAUUAAAAGAUCGAUUAUCAACAAGUCCCGUUCCUUCUGGAGCAUCAUCUUCAUAUCAAGGUACUCGAGGGGAAAAUGGUUCAUUAUCAUCUUCCUCGGAAUCUUCCUGUGAUGAUUCUAACAGUUCAUUUGAUCAUCAUUCCCAACAUCAGUCGCAAUCUGAAACACUUAAUGCAAAUAAUAAACAUCAUCGUAAUAAGAAAAUUGAUCAACACCUGUCAGGUUCAACUCUAAGAGCUUCUGGCUCACCCUCAGCGGCUGCAUUGGCUGCUGCUGCUGCUGCCGCCGCUGCAUCAACGGCGGCAACAGGAGCAGCACCUUCUUCAACUUCAACUGGAGCCUCAGGAAAUGAUGUACCAAUGACACCAUCAGGAUCUGGAAUAGGAAACAAAUCAUCAUCAUCAUUAUCAUUUCCAAUGUCUUCAAUGAUCUCUCGUCUAGAAGAAACAAUUGCUCGAAUAACUGGUUCACCAUCAACAGGAUUUAACAAUAAUAACAGCAACAACAACAAUAGUAAUAAUCGAAAUAAUAAACAUAGUCAACCAAGUAAUAGUCCAAGUCCUUCAUCAGUUCAUUCGAGCAAUUCAAAUCCGGGAACACCAAUAAUCAAUCAUAAUAAUCGUUCUUCCUCUUCAUCUCAUCGAACUCACAAUUCUCAAGCCCAUCGUUCUCACCAUUCCUCAAAUUCUCAUCGUUCUUCUUAUCGUUCUCAUCAUUCUCGUCACCAUCGACCCAGCUCAUUAUCAUCACCACCACCUCAGCCUCACUUCCAAUCAUCAUCUUUACUAAAUAAAUUACCGAACAUGAAAUCGACAAUUAAACGGGAAUCACUUUCAGAAUUGAGUGAAGAUGAGCACAAUGUUGGACCUGUUUCACCAAAACGCCGAUUCCGUCAACGAUCAGAAGAGGAGUCAGCAGGUUCACCCGACAGAUCAAAUCCGGUAUCCCCUGAAUCACUUCGAUCUCCAGGUUUAUCAACACCAGAUUCAAUUGAUUCCGAUAGAUCUCAGGCUGAAGACUUAUCAAAGAUUAAAUAAUUAGAUUUAAUCACCUUUUAGGUUUUGUUUUUUUUUGAUUAAACAACACUCGAAAAAUAAUUAUAAAUCAAUACUAAAAUAAAAAGCAAACAAAAAAACGAUUCAAAGCUCUAAAAUCAUAAAGCAUAUUUAAAUUAUUGUCACAUCACACAUCAAAACUCAAUCGUCGUUUCAAUCAUUUUUUGCGACUUCCUUAUAAAAUUGUUUUAAUAUGUGUUUAAUAUUGAACAUCUAAACCAACUGAUACAAAUUGACUAAGCAAUUUUUUGUACAAAGAUUGUUACCAAACCAAAUCGAUUCAACUAAAUCUAAUUUUGGUGUUAACCUAAACAUUGAUAAUGAACUCAACAAUUUCUAUUAAAAAAGAACGGUCAUAAUCA